UUCCUCUGAAAAUGGAAAAAAAAUCAAUUUACAAGAGCAAACACCAUCUCAAUCCCUGAGAGAGACUUAUUAAUACAGCUCAUCAGGGAUGAGAAAACUCUUGAAAACAAAAAAACGGAUGGGAAGACCAUUCUACAGAAAAGGGAGGCCUGGGCUAGAAUUACCAGGACUUUCAACUCACACAACCUUGGUUGUGUACGCUCGGAGCAUCAGCUUAAGAAAGUUUGGGAGCGUUUGAAAGUGAAGGCAAAACAUGAAGAUGCUCUCAUGAAAAGAGAACUUAAACGAACUGGUGGUGGGCCCCCUCCUGCAGCUGUCUCCAACGAGUCAGACCAAGUGCUGGCAAUCCUUGGCUCUGAUAUAGAGGAUAUAGGAAACCCCUAUGACCUAGAUGCCAUGCCAUCUACUGCCAAGUCACACCGACAUGGUCGGCUCAUCCGAAUUACCAAGUUUCUCUUUGGGAUUGGAGACUCCAGCACCAUGGUCUGUGAGGUGGUGGCCUUGGAUACACCACAGGAGGCCAUGGUCACACCACAGGUGGCAAUGGUAGAGGAGACAGUUAUGUUAGAGAAGACACCAGGACCCACCACUUCAACACCAAGAGGGAAGUCAAAAAGAAAAUUCAAUGACACCGAUUUCUAUUUAGAUGCCACAGAGGCAAGAAAUGUAACAAAAGAAAGGGUUGAAACACAAAAAAGAAUGAUGAGGAAAAAAGAAUAUUUUUUAGAUUUGCAAAUACAGGAUAUGGAGAUAAGGAAGAAGGAGACUGAGAUACGGAAGAAGGAGGCUGAGGUACUCUUACAGAUAGCCUUGAAAAAACUUGAAAAUGAGAACAAAAAUUGCUAG